ACGGAUUAGGGGCCAGGAGCUUCCUAACCGCCUCCUCUCCCCAGACCUGCCCUGCCUGUUGGCAGCCUCUUCCCGCUUCCCGCAGCAGCUGUCGCUCCGCGGGGCCGGCGGCGGUCAGCGAGCCCGGCCCGGCCCCCGGGGAAGCCACAAACGGCAGCAUGCCUCGUCCCGGGACCGGCCGGCAGCAGGCUGCUACAAGGCGACCAGCGAGAGGGGCAUGAGACUCGGGUUAAAGAAGUGCAGAGGGAGCCCUUGGCCGCCGCGGGCUUGAGCCGUAGCUCCCGGCGGGGCAGUGCUCGGCGAGGGCGGCCCUGCGGAGCCGCUGGCCGCGGGGCCGGGAGCUUCUAGGACGGAGGAGAGCAUCAGCGUCCCGGCCCCGGGGCUAACAUGGUGCUGCUGUCCGGAGACGGGGAGCAGCUGGCGGGGGAGCAGGUCUGCCCCGCGCCGGCAGCGGCGAAGGAGAUGCCCGGCGCCGAGGCGGAGAGCAGUCCCGAGCAGGGGGCGGCAGGGGCUGCCGCCGAGGGGCAGGCCGAGACGGAGGACCACGAGGAGGAGGAAGAAGAGGAGGACUACGAGGACUACGAGGACUACUCCGAGCUGCCCGACACUUGCAGCAUCGCCUCGGACGAUUCCUUCUACCCGCCGGGGGGGCCGGAGGAUGAGGAGGACUGCUGGUCCCUGGAGCAGGAGGAGCGCGACAGCCCCGAGGCGCUCACCCUCUUUCGAGCGUGUUGCACCAACAACGCCGUCGUGCUCAAGGCGCUCAUCCGCCAAGGCCCCGAGGAGGAGGAGGUGCGGGAGACCGACCGCAACCGCCGGAAUGGUCUCAUCGUUGCUUGUUACCAAGGUUAUGUGGAUAUUGUAAUAGCCUUAGCACAAUGCCCUCACCUUGAUGUGAACUGGCAGGACAAUGAAGGGAAUACGGCUCUAAUCACAGCUGCACAGGCAGGGCACAUAACCAUUACAAACUAUUUGUUGAACUAUUUUCCUGGGCUUGAUAUUGAGAAGAGGAACAUGUUUGGAUUCACAGCACUGAUGAAAUCUGCCAUGCAGGGGCGAACCGAAUGUGUGAAAGCCUUGAUGUUGGCAGGGGCAAACGUUCACGCGACUGACCCAAGCCGCGGACUGACUUCAUGGGAAUGGGCUUGCUUCACGGGAAGAUCAGAAUCUGCCUUCAUCAUACAAAAGCUGAUGGACAGACCAUGCCCAGAACAGUUUUGUGAACAAUAUAAACCAGAAUGGCCAAAGAUGAAGGAACUUCUUGCCAAGGCUGCAGAGCCAAAAAGCUGUUUGCAGAGGAUUUCUGAGUGCGUGAGGGCAGCGGUCUCAUUCCGGUCCUUUUAUGGUCCAGAAGAAGACGGGGUCCUUGCCCACAUGGUGAAGGUGACCACCAGCUUGAGCAGUCCCUUCGUGGCUGUGUCGUGCCGGACCGUGUGCCCGGGCAGCCCGCCGUGCGUCGGCAAGCGCAGGCUGGCCGUGCAGGAAAUCCUCAGGAGGCAGAGAGCCCAGGAGAUCCGAUCGCAGGACAAAGACCACUUGAGCAGCUACGAGAAGCUCUUUCAGAACUCCAAAGUCAUGCUGAUCCCCAAGAAGAAGGACCGGCGAGCCAGCCUGCAGCCCAUCGGUCUUGCAGUGUCCCAGGUGAACGCUGUGGCCACCAGGAAAGCGAGCCUCUUGCCUCUCCACCUGCUUAGGCGAAGCAGUGUCAGGCCGGGCUUUGUCAUCCCCAAAGUCCGCGUCAGCAAGGCUCCUCCACCCACCUUCCAGCCAGAAAAGGCAAGAAGGAGGAGCAGUGCAAAGGAUGACCCCUAUUUGCAGAUUCCCAAGUGGAGAUACAAGGAGCUAAAGGAGGAGCGGAGGAAGGCAGAGGAGCAAGAGAAGAGAAAAGCAGCAGAGGUUCAAAAGCAGAGGCAGGUGUCCCCCGCCAGAUGCAGGACCUGAUUUAAAGGCAGCUGCUUAGAAGGCUUUAGAACCUUUAGUCUUGUUAUCUGAGCAAGAUAACAAACCGAAUGCCUUUGUGCAUUCCCACUGCUCACACGGUGUUAAUAGCUGCCUUUCAGGUGCAGGAACAGGGCAAGGGCUAUGCCACAGCAUGUCUGAUGGUGGAGCAGGAAGGGAUUUGGGUCGAAAGGUGUAUUGAGUUUACCUGCCUGCUGUCGAUAGGAGGCUUCAAAUGGUGCAGCCUCUUUGUGGUUUCCUUUUUUCCCAGUUACAGGUGAACUACUGAGAAACAGCUUCAAAAAAUAAAGUGUGUGUAUUUUGUGCUUGUUCAUCUCAGAAUGGACAAAGUACUACAGAGUUGUGCUUUUGACACUAGACAUUCCACCCUCCCCUCGCUUA